GCAAACGAAGUGAAUGUGAAGGCCCCUCGAGUUCAUCGAGCAAUCUAAAAGAAUAUUAAUUUAAGUAUCUUUGUUUUGCGUCUUGAACAGUAGCUCAGUGAUCUUAAUGAAAGCGGCGCAGGCAUCAAUGCAGCAGCAGCAGCGCGGACCCGUUAUGCGUCCUGUGCCGGCCAACUACAACAAGAAAGCCUAUCAGACCCUCUACCCCCAGUACAUCGACUCCAGCUUGACUCCAAGCGAAGGCCGCCGACUUACAAAGGAGCAGGGGGUAGAAAACCCCUCGAUGGACGAGAUGCUGCUCGCGUUGCGUGUUUUAGGCUAUAAAGACGUUGUCGUCGAGCCGAAGGCUUCCUAUCCACGCAGUCAGAGCACCAGCAAGUUCCCGAUGGUGCCCCGUGGGUGCAUCAAGGUGGCUGUUAAAACCCCGAUGGAUGAGCACUACAUCAAAAUGAGUGAUUUCGACACACAGACGCGCAGCGCGGUGGUGGCGGGGAUUGAAAGCAAACAGGAGUUGCUGCGCCGCAUGGCGGCUCUGAUUAAGGAGAAGGUGCCGGAGAGGCCGAAAAUGAUCACGGUGGAGGAGAUCAUCGCCGCGUACAGUCCGAUGCAGCAGCCGAAGGUGAAGAAGUGA